GGCGGGACUCUGAGUACGGAAGCUGCCCCGAAACAGGAGGAGAGAGGGAAAGACCCGGUGAAAGGGCAAGAGGCAGGUUCCCUCGACCCCGGAACCCCUGUUCCCAGGCUAUGACCCCCAGUGCCCUGUAGAUCUGGCGGGCCCCCCGUGCUUGCGACCCCUAUUUUGGGGUCUGGGUGCCUACUGGAGGGCCUUGCGGAGGGGCAGAGAAGGCAGGACCAUGGCAUCUAGGGCCUGUGAACCUCCCCCAGGGCGCAGCGUGACGGCGGGCAUCAUCAUUGUUGGAGAUGAGAUCCUCAAGGGACACACUCAGGACACCAACACCUACUUUCUGUGCCGGACGCUGCGCUCCCUGGGGGUCCAGGUGUGCCGAGUCUCUGUUGUGCCCGACGAGGUAGCCACCAUUGCAGCUGAGGUCACGUCUUUCUCCAGCCGCUUCACCCACGUCCUCACAGCAGGGGGCAUCGGCCCCACCCAUGAUGAUGUGACCUUUGAGGCAGUAGCACAGGCCUUUGGGGACCAGCUCAAGCCCCACCCUGAGCUGGAAGCAGCCAUCCGAGGCCUAGGAGGGGAAGGCUGGGAGAAGCUGUCGCGGGUGCCCUCCUCUGCCCGCCUGCAUUAUGGCACAGACCCUCGCACGGGCCGCCCCUUCAGGUUCCCACUGGUCUCUGUCCGAAACGUCUACCUCUUCCCCGGAAUUCCGGAGCUGCUGCGGCGGGUGCUGGAGGGGCUCAAGGGACUGUUCCAAAACACGGCUGUUCAGUUCCACUUGCGGGAGCUGUAUGUGGCAGCUGACGAGGCCUCGAUUGCCCCCAUCCUGGCUGAGGCCCAGGCCCACUUUGGGCGCAGGCUUGGCCUGGGUUCCUACCCUGACUGGGGCAGCAACUACUAUCAGGUGAAGCUGACACUGGACUCGGAGGAAGAAGGGCCCCUGGAGGAAUGCCUGGCCUACCUAACUGCCCGUCUGCCCCAGGGAUCGCUGGUCCCCUAUGUCCCCAACGCCGUGGAGCAGGCCAGUGAGGAGGUGUACAAACUCACUGAGUCAGGGUCUUCUCUGGGGCGAAAGGUGGCGGGCGCCCUACAGAUCAUUGAGACUGCCCUGGCUCGGUACAGCCUCACCCAGCUCUGUGUGGGCUUCAACGGAGGCAAGGACUGCACCGCCCUCCUGCACCUCUUCCACGCCGCUGUGCAGAGGAAACACCCUGAUGCUCGAGAGCCCCUCCAGAUUCUCUAUAUCCGCAGCAUCUCCCCUUUCCCCGAGCUGGAGCAGUUUCUACAGGACACCAUCAAGAGGUACAAUCUACAGGUGCUGGAGGCUGAGGGUGACAUGAAGCAGGCCCUGAGCGAGCUGCAGGCACGGCACCCCCAGCUGGAGGCUGUCCUGAUGGGCACGCGGCGCACGGACCCCUAUUCCUGCAGCCUCUGCCCCUUCAGCCCCACCGACCCAGGCUGGCCUUCGUUCAUGCGCAUCAACCCGCUGCUGGACUGGACCUACAGAGACAUCUGGGACUUUCUGAGGCAGCUGUUUGUCCCGUACUGUAUCCUGUAUGACCGAGGCUACACGUCACUGGGCAGCCGGGAGAACACCGUGCGGAACCCAGCCCUGAAGUGCCUGAGCCCCGGAGGACAGGCCACCUACCGCCCGGCCUACCUGCUGGAGAACGAAGACGAGGAGCGGAACUCCCGCACAUGACCUCCCACCGCUGCCCCUCCUAGGCAGCAGGGAAGGCAGCUGUCCUGGGGUGUAACGUGUCAAUAAACCGUCUCUCCUA